GGUCACUUUCCGAGCCGUUCGUCAUUGCGGCCGCGGCAGCGGCGGCGGCGUCGGUGGCGGACGAGAGCGCGCCGGUGCGGCGGAGGUGCACGAAGAAGCGAGCCGGCGGCUGUGGCAGCGCUAGCCUCGGCGGAGACGCAGAAUGGGGGCGGACCCCCUGGGGGCACUGCCUCGGACACUCGCACGAAAAGUCCUCGGACUGCUAUCGCUGAGGGACAGAACUCGCUGUGAGCGAGUGAGUACGCUUUGGCGGUCUAUAGCAAUGGAGGCGACAAGAAGCGAAACGAAGCCGGUCUGGGUUUAUGUCAUUUUUCGGAAGAAUCAUUGCUCAGGUCACGAAAAAAUGACUGUCAAUAUCAGCUUUGAUGGACCGAUUUUCUGGAAUCGUCAAGUUGCCUAUAUCUAUUGCUGUUCUUGCCAUUUUGAUGAACAUGAAGGACCAUUGAUGGCGAUUUUGAGCAAAUUCGAGCAAAGAGUCGAGCGUAUGUGCCUUGUAGAUCGCCCUGUGGACUACCCGUUCUUGCCAGAUUCUAUCUUUUCUUAUAUGGCUAAGUGCAUGCCAAAAUUGCAGUUUAUUUACUUGCGUGAACUGGAUUUAGAGAAGAUUAAUCGAGCUACGGUUGUCGACUUGGCUAAUCACAGCACUUUGAAAAAGGUGAUCGUGCAUGGUUGCCGAAAUUACGAAGUGCUCGAAGAUUUCCGAAAUCUCCCUCAACUUCUCGUCGUCAGAGGCGAAAUUCUAGGAUUAAAAGCAAUGCUCGGAGAUUUUGAAGAAGAACAAGCCGCCGGCUCAUCGCCGCAAUCACAAUCGCUAUCGCAGUCGAUAUCGCAGUCAAUAUCGGAGAGCAGCGAUCAGCCGGACACAGUCACGGUUCAGGUCGCGACCGGACCUUAAACUUGUCAAAGAGCACUCCAAUGACUGACAUUAGCUGCCAUCAUGUUCUGACAUUGUCUGUCUGUCAACAUUUGACAAUGACAAUCUGCUUUAUUCAACUUUUGACAACUGAACUUGUCCCGAUCAUAUGAUUUGUUUUCUAUUUGUCUCCUCAGUUUCCUACUCCUCCUCCGCAUUUAUAACUUCCCUCUACGAAAUGGAUUGUCCUGAAUUGUCAUCUGUUAUCGUUAUUGUCACUGUCGUUCCCCUCUCCUCCCGCCGUAGACUGUCUGAUUAAGCUCAACCUUGUGCGCUUAAAUGCUGCUUGACGUUUAUCAAAUGUGAUGCUACUCGUUUCUUAUAUGCUUUUUUUUUCUUCCUAUCAUUUCGUCGUGCCAAUUAUUGUUCUUCCAUGAGGAACAUCUGUGAGCACUUCCAUUGAUUAAUCUUUGUGUUUAUUCCAAAAGUUGCAUUUUUGUCAGCUUGCAGAUGUUUCUUAUAAUGAAAACAUUAUUUAUGAGUCAUUAAUGCGUACGAUCUCUAU